CACGGACACGGUGUGAAUUUAACAAGGAAAAGCAGAAGGAGUUUUAUAUUAUAUCGGAUAUUUCCUAAUUGGACACUAACGGAGUAUAGAAAUGAAGUCUCCAAAGAUGAAGUCACAGAGCAAAUCAUUUCUCGAGGAUGAUGACGACCUCAACGCCGUAUUGUGUGAAUUCGACGCUGUCAUUGAGGAUUUCACGUCCCCCGUGGAGAAGAGACACUUCAGAUACGACGAGCAUUUGAAAACUAUGAAGAGACGGAGCAGCGCGAGCGUCAGUGACAGCGGCAUCAGCGACUCUGAGAGUGCAGAAUCCUUGAACAGAAACAGUUUCAGCUUUAGUGACGAAAAGCUAAACUCUCCAACCGUUUUCUCCCCCUCACCAAACAGUCCACUGGCUACAUCUCCUAAACCUAAACUUGGAGACACUAAAGAGCUAGAGGACUUCAUUGCUGACCUUGACAGAACAUUAGCGAGCAUGUGAGUCAGAGACGGAAUGAUUGGAAACCCACCACAUUGAAGCUCCGCUGGGGGACAACAGCUACACCACACCUGACAAACUACUGUGAAGAUGGAGAAUACGUAGUCAUGGUUCCACAAGUCCUCUUGUAUACUUAACACCCAUACGAAACAAUCUCAAACACAAAUGAAUAAGAAAUACACAUUUGACAGGAAUGGCUGUGCUCUCUGGUAAAUGUAAAAAAAAAAACUUGAGCUGUAAGAUUAUUUAAAUAGCUUUUUAUAGAAAUAUAUUUGUAAUUUUAUAGAGUUGGUUAUUGUAAAUUUAUCUGUAAUACCGUUUUGUGAAUUUAUAUUUUUGUAUUUGAUGUAAAUAUUGGUUCAGACUUUAUCACCUUGCUCUGUUUCAUAUGAGAAUAAACUUAAUUCAUUAGAAAAAAAAAACUGGAAAAGGAAUAAAACAUGUAUUUAAUACAACUAAUGUGUUCAAAAGAUUAAAGUUGACAGAAGAUGCA